CACCCGCAGUGAGCCGCGCUGGAGUCCUGGAGCCGCUCUCUCUCUCACCGUCGCUGUCUGGAUGUCCAUGAAAGCCAGAGGAUCCAAAUACCAGAAAAGAGUGUCGUUUUCCGAGGAUGAAGAUGAGCAGUGCUGGAAAGAGGAGAACGGCGGUGUGGACGCACAUCACCUGAAAUCCGUCAAGACCGUCAGAGAGUCCUCAGGAUAUUACCGCUACAACAUGAAAUCCUCUGAAAAUUUCCCCCAUCGCAGGAUGACCCUCCCAAGAGAAAAGGGUCGCCGGCAAGCCAUCCGUGGACCAGCGUUCAUGUUCAAUGCCCGCGGCACAAACCUCACCCCAGAGGAAGAGCGCUUUCUGGAUGCAGCCGAAUAUGGCAACAUCCCUGUGGUCCGCAAGAUGUUGGAAGAAUCUCCCACUCUCAACGUGAACUGUGUGGAUUAUAUGGGUCAAAACGGACUGCAGCUGGCCGUCGGAAACGAGCACCUGGAGGUCACCGAGCUGCUCCUGCGGCGGGACAACCUGGCCCGAGUCGGGGACGCCCUCCUGCUGGCCAUUUCCAAAGGUUACGUGCGUAUUGUGGAGGCCCUGCUGGGACAUCCGUCUUUUGGAGACGGCGAACGAUUGACCCGCAGCCCCUGUGAGCUGCAGGAUGAUGAUUUCUACUCAUACGACGAGGACGGGACACGGUUUUCUCCUGAUAUCACGCCUAUUAUUUUGGCUGCGCACUGUCAGAAGUACGAGGUGGUGCACAUGCUGCUGUUAAAGGGCGCCAGGAUUGAGCGCCCGCACGAUUAUUUCUGUAAGUGCGCGGACUGCACGGAGAAGCAGAGGAAAGAUUCGUUUAGCCACUCGCGCUCUAGGAUUAAUGCGUACCGUGGACUCGCCAGCCCGGCGUAUCUGUCUUUAUCCAGCGAAGACCCGGUGUUGACAGCGUUGGAGUUGAGCAAUGAGCUCGCCAAGCUGGCUAACAUCGAGAAGGAGUUUAAGGAUAAAAAGAACCGUAAUAAAGAGACAUCGCAGCACAAUGGCUUCUUUCUGAACGACUACCGGAAGCUGUCUAUGCAGUGUAAAGACUUUGUGGUUGGUGUUUUGGACCUGUGCAGAGACACAGAGGAGGUGGAGGCCAUCCUGAAUGGAGAUGUUUCUGCUGAACUGGAGCAGGGCCAACAUCACCGCUCGCUGCUCAGCCGAGUCAAACUGGCCAUUAAAUAUGAGGUUAAGAAGUUUGUGGCUCAUCCGAACUGUCAGCAGCAGUUGUUGACGAUCUGGUACGAGAAUCUGUCUGGUCUUCGGGAGCAAACCACUGCGGUCAAGUGUCUGGUGGUUUUGGUGGUGGCGCUGGGACUCCCCCUGCUCGCUGUGGGCUAUUGGUUUGCCCCGUGCAGUAAGCUUGGUAAAAUCCUCCGCAGUCCUUUCAUGAAGUUUGUUGCUCACGCGGCCUCCUUCAUUAUCUUCCUGUGUCUGCUGGUGUUUAACGCUUCUGACCGCUUCGAGGGCAUCACCACACUUCCCAACGUCACCGUCACCGACCACCCGCUGCAGAUCUUCAGGGUCAAGACCACUCAGUUCUCAUGGACAGAAAUACUCAUCAUGGUCUGGGUGGCAGGAAUGAUGUGGUCGGAGUGUAAAGAGCUGUGGACGGAGGGUCCGAGGGAAUACAUCAUGCAGCUGUGGAACGUUCUGGAUUUCGGGAUGCUCUCCAUCUUCAUCGCCGCUUUCACUGCGCGCUUCUUCGCCUUCCUGCAGGCCAUGAAAGCGCAGGAAUAUGUGGACGAGAAGAUCCACGCUCCAGAUCUAUCCAUGGUCACUCUGCCGCCGGACGUCAGAUAUUUCACAUACGCGCGAGACAAGUGGCUCCCAUCAGAUCCUCAGCUGAUCUCCGAGGGUCUGUACGCCAUCGCGGUGGUCCUGAGCUUCUCCCGGAUCGCCUACAUCCUCCCAGCCAACGAGAGCUUCGGGCCGCUGCAGAUCUCGCUGGGACGCACAGUGAAGGACAUCUUCAAGUUCAUGGUGCUCUUCAUCAUGGUGUUCCUGGCCUUCAUGAUUGGCAUGUUCAUCCUCUACUCAUACUACCUUGGGGCAAAGGUUAACCCUGCUUUCACCACCGUUGAGGAGAGUUUCAAGACUCUCUUUUGGUCCAUAUUCGGAUUGUCCGAAGUGUCGUCUGUGGUUUUGAAAUAUGAUCAUAAAUUUAUUGAGAAUAUUGGCUAUGUUCUGUAUGGGAUCUACAAUGUUACCAUGGUGGUGGUUCUUCUCAACAUGCUCAUUGCCAUGAUAAACAGCUCAUACCAGGAAAUAGAGGAUGAUGCUGACGUGGAGUGGAAGUUUGCCCGGUCUAAACUCUGGCUGUCAUAUUUUGACAAUGGCAAGACUCUGCCGCCUCCAUUCAGCAUCGUGCCCAGUCCAAAGUCCUUCUAUCUGUGCGUCAAGAGACUGGUGAACCUGCUGCGGUGUCGCCGGCGUCGCCUCAAAAAAGAUGUGGAGCUGGGAAUGGACAACUCCAAGUCCAAACUGAAUCUCUUCACUCAGUCCAGCAUGAGGAUGACAGACUCUCACAGCUUCAACAGCAUCUUAAAUCAGCCCACCCGCUAUCAGCAAAUAAUGAAACGUCUCAUCAAGCGCUACGUUCUGAAAGCACAAGUGGACAAGGAGAACGAUGAAGUCAAUGAAGGUGAGCUGAAGGAGAUAAAGCAGGAUAUCUCCAGUCUGCGGUAUGAACUGCUGGAGGAGAAAUCUCAGGCCACAGAAGAGCUUUCCCUCCUCAUCCAAAAACUCAGCGACAAACUCAACCCACGAGCCAUCCACGAGCAUCAGCACUGACCCUCCGUCAAGCCAUUUCUUCUUCUGUCUCUCUUUAAUAUGCAGAGAUCUACAGUAGUAAGCCAUCCAUACACUUUAAUAGUCUCAGUCUACGUAUUUACCAAAAGGAUUAACAGAUCAGGGCAUAAAUAAAUCUGUCCGUUAAUUUACUCCUAAAGGAAUGCACUGUAAAAAAAAUAUCUGUUAAUGAACAUGUUUUGUGAUUCACAAAACAUUUUUAUGGUUGUGAAUUGCAUUAUGGGAUGUUGAUCUCUGCUCUGUCAACUUUUGAUGUUAAAAAUUCAACUCUACAGUUUUACAAAGUGACUUUUAUUGACAUUUUAGUAGUUUGAAAUAAUAUAAGAUAUAAUAUAGAGAGGAAUAAGUCUGUAAAAUAACUGGUGGUUCAUUACAAGGUUUUUCUAGUGUAAUAAACAACACCAACCCAGAUAAUAUAACACUUAUAUCUAUUAAAAUGUUAUUAAAAGUCACUUUUUCCUGAGUUUUCAAGGUUAAAAGUUGUUGGAAGAAAGAUCAAGGUCCCAUAAUGCAAUUCAAAAGCAUAAAUAAAUAGGGGGAAAUAAAAACUUGAGUCGCAAAAUAUGGAUAACUUCUAAAUUACAGAUAUUUUUUAAAGCGUAGUUCACCCAGAACUGAAAAAUCUGUCCUCAUUUACUCUCCCUUUACUAGUUUCAAACCUAACUUUACUUUCUUCUGUUAAACAGAAAUAAAUAUAUUUUGAUGAACGCUGGAAACUACUAACUGUUGACUUCCAUAGUAUCUGCUGUACACUACCUGACAAAAGUCUUGUCGUCUAUCCCAGUUUUAGGCACAACUCAUACUAACUUGACUUCUUGUUGAUCAUUUGGUAUCAGAAGUGGCUUAUAUGAAAGGCAAUGGCUUUACGCUUUUUACCGAAGUAAAAUAUGAUCAUGACUCCCAUGAGCUUGGAGGACUGCAUCCAUACAUCUCUGCAAUGACUCAAAUCACUUAAUAAAGUCAUCUGGAAUGACAAAGAAGCGUUCCUGCAGGACUCCCAGAGUUCAUCAAGAUUCUUUGGAUUCAUCUUCAAUGCGUCCUCCUUCAUCUUACCUCAGACAUGCUCAAUAAUGUUUAUGCCUGGUGACUGGGCUGGCCAAUCCUGGAGCACCAUCUUUGCUUUCAGGAACUUUGAUGUGGAGGCUGAAGAAUGAGAAAGAGCGCUAUCCUGCUGAAGAAUUUCCCCUCUCCUGUGGUUUGUAAUGUAAUGGGAAGCUCAAAUGUCUUGAUACCUCAGGCUGUUGAUGUUGACAUCCACUCUGCAGAUCUCUCGCACGACCUCAUACUGAAUGUAACCCCAAACCAUGAUUUUUCCUUCACCAAACUUGACUGGUUUCUAUGAGAAUCCUGGGUCCAUACGGGUUCCAAUAGGUCUUCUGCAGUAUCUGUGAUGAUUGGGAUGCAGCUCAACAGAUGAAUCAUCUGAAAAAUCGACCUUUUGCCACUUUUCCAAAUUAUCAACUAGAAGUUAUUAUUUGUUGCUCUUACAACUGGGAUUGACGACAAGACUUUUGUCAGGUAUUGUAUAAUCAAAGAUAAUAUUGGUGAAUAUAUCUGAAUAUAUAAAUCCAUAUAAUUAUUUAACUGUCUGAUUUUUAUUUAUUUUAAGGAGUUGUUUCCAAAUAUCUUGUGUUUUAUAUACACUGGAGGCCAUUCUGCAUAUUUCAAAAAACAAAUGUACUGUGUUUUUUUCUUAAGCAAUUUUAGGCAGGGAUAUUUAUUGCAUCCCGAUAAAUUUAUUCACCCAUCUAUACUCAUUGGGAAGUUGUGUCAAUGUAACUGUAAAGCUACAAGAUGGAUUGAUUGAGAACAUUAGUGUCAAACCUUUAAGAUUUCUGAGAGCUUCUAGCACAAAUCUAUGCAGGUGAAAUAUAUGUCAGUCUUGUUAAAAAAAUGUCUUCUUAUUAUUAUUAAUAUUAUUUAUUGCUACUAUAACCUAUUUCUGUGUGUUAUUUAGCUGUCUAUUGUCUUUGUGUUUGAUUGAUAUUCAGGACUUCUUAUUUCAAUCUUAUUUCAAGCAAUAGUUUGCCCGGAACUGAAAAUUCUAUCAUCGUUUAAUUAAACCCAAAUGAUUCAAUUAAUUAAUUUGCAAUUUAUUUUAAUUUAUAUAGGCGAAACGGUGGCUCAGUGGUUAGUACUGUCACCACAGAGCAAAAAGGUUGUUGGUUUGAGUCUUGGCUGGCUCAGUUGGCAUUUCUGUGUGGAGUUUGCAUGUUCUCCCUGUGUUGGUGUGGCUUUCCUCCGGGUGCUCCGGUUUACCCCACAGUCCAAAGACAUGUGGUGUAGGUGAAUUAAAUUGAAAAAACUAAAUUGACCAUAGUGUGUGUGUGUGAAUGAGUGUGUAUGGAUGUUUCCCAGAGAUCCGACCCCCUGCUGGUCUCACUAACCAACUGCUGAAUCUCUCUUUCUCUCUCUCUCUCUCUCUCUCUCUCUCUCUCUCUCUCUCUCUGUGUGUGUGUGUGUGUGUGUGUGUGUGUGUGUGUGUGUGUGUGUGUGUGUGUGUGUGUGUGUGUGUGUGUGUGUGUGUGUGUGUGUGUGUGUGUGUAAAACAUAUGCAAGAAUAAGUUGGCGGUUUAUUCUGCUGUAACAACCCCUGAUGAAUAAAGGGACUAAGCUGAAGGAAAAUGAAUUAAUAAAUUAUUUAGAAAAUGGACUAAGCUAAAAAGAAAAUAAAUGAAUGAAUGAAUGAAUGAAUGAAAUUAUUUAGAUAUUAUUUUAUUUUAUUUUAUAGCUUUGUCUCUAUUGCAUA